AUGUAUGUGAAUCCGACGUACGUCGACCGUCGGAGGCAUAAUGAUUUAAGUUUCUUUCAACCUCUCUCUUACCUCUCUUUAUUCACUUCUCUCUUUCCAUCACUCUCCUUCCACCUCUCUCUUUCUACCUCCCUCAUUCCACUGCUCGUUCUUUCCAUCUCUCUUUUACCGUUCUUGUUCCAACUAUCUGUCUUUCCACCUCUCUUUCCACCUCUCACCUUCCACCUCUCUCUUUCCACCUCUCUCCUCCACCUCUCUCUUUCCACCUUUCUCUUUCCACUGCUAGUUCUUUCCACCUCUCUCUUUCUACUUUUCCUGUUCCACCUCUCUGUCUUUCCACCUCUCUUUCCACCUCUCUCUCCUUUCUCUCUUUUUUUCUACCUCUCUCUUUCUACCUUUCUUGUUCCACCUCUCUCCUCCACCUCUCUCUUUCUACCUUUCUUGUUCCACCUCUCUGUCUUUCCACCUCUCUCUUUCCACCUCUCUCCUUCAAUCUAUCUCUUUCCAACUUUCUCCUUCCACCUCUUUAUUUUCACCUCCCUCUUUCCACUGCUAGUUCUUUCUCUUUUUAGCUUUUUCGUUCCACCUCUCUCUCUCUUUCCAUCUCUCUCUUUCCACUGCUAG